UGUCACGCGGCCAUCUCUAGUUAGAAUUCACACAGUUACAUGGAAAUCAAAGUUAUUUAGUGUUUAAAAUAAAUAGUAAAGCAACAGCAGCAGCAGGCUUACACAUAUACGAAACAGGGACUUAGAGGCAUUAACCUUAGAAGGGCUACUCAAGCACACGCCACAAACACACAAUAUUAUGUCAGGCAGCAUCAACAAUUACAAGACUCUAAUGCAUGCAACGAAUCGUGGUUACGGCGAACAGACGCAAGCACAGGCAGAGGCCAUCGAACACAUGCAGACAAUGCCGCAGCUAAUCGGAGAUCCCGGCGUGCAGCUGGUUAACAGCCUCGAGGACCGCGACAAGGCAAUUGUGGACAACAUAAACGCGGAUCAGAAUGCGGUCACACAUCUAAAGUACAUGAAUUCGGAGCGCGAUUUGUCGCUGCCGCUGGAAAAGCAAACGAAAGCGCUGGACAAAUAUCUGGACAGCCAGGAGGAUGAGGUCUCGCUGCGCAAGUACCUGGUCUUUGGCGUUCAAUGGGUCUCGCUGGUCACCGAGAAUCUGCUCAGCCAUCCGUUCAUUGUGCUGCGACGCCAGUGUCAGGUCUAUAAUGCAUCGCAACGCUAUCAUUUGCAUCCGUUUCAAUUGCUGCCCAGCAUUGUGCAUCUGCAUCGAAGACAGGGCGUCACCACGUUAUGGAAGGGCCUCGGCAGCUGUCUGCUAGUGCGCGGCAUGACUCUGGCCAUAGACGAUGUCAUCUGCAAGGUGACCAGCUGGCCGAAGGACGUGGAUAGCCGCACCACACUCAAACGCUUUGGCCAGCAUAUACUGCUGAAAUGCAUCAGCAUUGGCCUGGUGGUGCCCUUCUAUGCCGCCUCGCUGGUGGAGACGGUGCAAAGUGAUAUUGCCAGCGAGAAGCCCGGCCUGUUGGAUGUCUUUCGCGAGGGCAGUCUACGUUUGUUCUACUGGAGCUCACCGCAAAAGGGACGCAUGCUGCCCGCCUGGGCGCUGAUUGGACCCAGCGUCUCCAUGGGCAUAACCAAAUAUCUGUUCAGUCUGGUCAUACGUGGCGUCUCCUCGCGCAUUAUGCGACGUCGCCUGAUCAUCAAGCAGGAGCAGCGCGGCGCCAAAUUUCGCGAUGAUACGCUCGAGCAUCAGAAUGCCGAAAUCUAUGCGAGCCUCAUUGCCAUGCUGACCACAGAGGUGCUGUUCUUUCCGUUCGAAACGAUACUGCAUCGCCUGCAGCUGCAGGGCACGCGCACCAUUAUUGAUAAUCUGGACAACGGUUAUGCGGUGGUGCCCAUAUUGACCAAUUAUCAGGGCGCAAUUGAUUGCUAUCGCACCACCAUGCUGACGGAGGGCGUGGGUGGCCUUUAUAAGGGUUUCGGUGCGAUGAUUUUACAAUUUGCCGCCCAUGUGGCUGUUAUUAAAUUAACCAAAUGGAUUGUCGGACAAAUUACGGAAGUUAUAUCAAAUCGGCCACCAGCACGAAUUGUACAAUAUUAUAAUCUGGAUCGCGGUGCUGGCAAUUCAAAUUCAACAACCAUAUCGCCGAGCAUCUCAAGCACCGAACUGGAUGUGCACAGCGUGGGACAGAAUUCGCUCGAUUAGCUUUAGGCUUGGUUUGAUUUUCAAGUUUAUUCCCAAAACAUAUUCUUCUCUUCAAAAUUUCAUGUAUUGCCAUUAGGAACGUGAGUUGUGCUCUCCUUCUCUGUAGGGUAUCAUUUCGCAUGAGAGUCGGGCAACAAUAUUAUUAUUAUUCUUUCUUUUUUUUUUUCUUUCUUUCUUACUUUCUUCUCUUUUCUGUUUCAUUUUGCUGUGAUAACUUCCGCGCUCGCCCAAGCAGCGAGUCUUCUGUUUCAUAUAUAUAUAUAUAUAUAUAUUUUUUCUCUCUCUCUGUUUUCGUCCAAACGAACAACCAGCUUAAAAAUUAGCCAAGCAUGUUAUAUUAAUUGAGAACUGAGCGUACAGCUAUUGUUUUACCCGGCAUAUCUUUCGGUUAUUGCCAAACUAGUGACAUUGUAAUUAGAUCUUUAACAACAACAAUAACAAAUUAUUAACAAAAUCCUUUAAAAUGUAAGAGUGUAAAAGCGCAAUUAAAAAAAAAAGUGUUGCUUUAAUAUGAUACAAAUGUUCAUUCUCUUUUUUUUUUAAUGUAUAUUGUUGAGCUCGAAGCUACAUUUGCGUGUUUCCCCAUUGGGAUUGAUCCGAUCUGUUGUUCGUUUAUAGAUGUUAAUAAAUUUUACCAACACUUAA